AAUGCGGUCAUGUCUAUAUUAAAGUCUGGUAUGUGGUAACACAGCUAAUGCUACUGCAGUUACGUUGUACUAUCAGAUUUACUUCAGGUAGAUUUUCAGUUGAAUUACAUAUUACAAAUAUUUAUAAAGUACAAGGUAGGAACCCGUUGCGGCCGUAGCACCUCGGCGGAUAUUCAAUGUGACACCACAUUUUGUAUUGCGUGUCCGACCUGUAUUUGGGUCCUACCGGUUGCGCUGAAAGUCAUGGCAGCUCCAGACCUGGUGAACACCCUCCUGUAUACUGUCAAUACUCUUCUACAGCAGGAGAAGUAUAAAGCAGCGUUAGCAGUUUUGAAAGGCUUCAGGAACGGCGCCGUGUAUGGGGCAAAGAUCAGAGCCCCGCACGCCCUGGUAAUGACAUUUCUGUUUAGAAGUGGCAGCUUGAAGGACAAACUCAAAGCCAUUUUGAAGGCCACAUAUACCCACUCCAGAAACCUGGCGUGCUUUGUGUUCACUUACAAAGGAAUGCAAGCCUUGCAGGAAAAGAUCCAAGGAAAGAGUUUACAGUCUCACUCGUUUCUGGCGGCCUGUGUUGGAGGAUGGUUGGUGUUUGGAGACAACAACAACAUCAAUAGCCAGAUCAACAUGUAUUUGCUGUCCAGGAUCCUGUUUGCGUUGUCUCGACUGGCCGUAGAGAAAGGAUUCAUCCCGAAGCCCAAACAGGACCCCUUCCCGCUCUUUGCCACGCUGGUUUGGGGCAUCGUCCUGUGGCUGUUUGAGUAUCACCCGCACACUCUUCAGCCCUCGCUACAGUCCUCGAUGAACUACCUUUAUCACGACAGCAAUGUGUGGCACGACAUCUCAGACUUCCUUAUUUAUAAUAAACCAAGGACUGCGUCUCAGAGAUGAGUCUUUUUUUUUAAUCUGUAUUCAUAAGCUAUCUGUAAUUCAUAAUUGUUGCCUUGUAACUUUUAUAAUCAGUACUCCGAGUAUAAAUUAUUGUUGCCUUUUUAAAUUUAUCAUGAGAUCUUUUGUUUCACGGUUUCAUAAUUUUGUUUGUCUGUGAACUUGCACCACGUUUCCAGCUAGACAACUGAAGCGGGACGUUUGCACACACCUUUAUAUGCGCACAUCGAACUGAUAUCAUUUCUCUCCCGAUCAUGUUUAGUUUGAGAGUCCAAUUUGUUUGGUUUUAAUUUCCUUUAUUUUGUCACUAAAUACAGACGAGGUAUGUUUGAUGCAAAACAGGCUGAAUUGCUGUCAAUCUGUUGUUAAACUGAAGCUACACCGAGACACUAAAAUGUCAGUAAUACAGAUGAUGUAAUCAACUAAUGUUUUAAAAAAAUAAAUAGAAAAUUUCCUGCAUUCUUUAAUAUAUAUUUAAUAAAUGUGAACAUGGGAGCUGUUGUUUAGUUAAUAGUAAUGUAGCACUGAGUGAGUGGAGUGGACCAGCGUAAUUUGAUCUCAACUAAUUAAGCACAAUAACUCAUAAUUUGUGGGUUACGUAAGGAUUGCACAUGAAUCGCAAAGACGAUUCAUUCCUCUCAGCAGGAAAUAAAAGAACAAAUACUUGA